GUAUUCAACCUAGUGAGGAUUGAUAGCAAAUCUCAAAAGGGUUUAGAUUGCUAAAUUAGAUCUAGAUCUAUGCAAGUCUCUGGCUUUGAUUAAUUCCCUGUUUGGUCUCAUCUCAAAUGGUCUAGUCCAUAGUCGGAUGGGACAAGGGCAGAUUGAGAGACAGGGCCAUCUUUCAUCGCUAGGUUGAAUACUAGUACUAGUACCGACGGGUUGAAUACUAGUACCAAAAUCCGUCGCCGUAUAAUUCGAUCGCCCGCGCACACAGCCAACUGGUUGAAGAAAAAAAUAACGGAAAAAGAAUAACCAGCAUUUGCUCUUGGAAAUAAGACGGGUCUGAAAUUCAGAACUUUCAUAACUUCUCUUUAGCAUCAGGCUGCAAAGGCUCAAUCCAGAAUGAACUUCAGUAGAAUGUUAGAUGUUUUCGGCAGGGUGUUCUCCUUGACUCGUGCUACAUGUAACAGCUUUCAGGAAGUCAUCAUAUUGUCACCUGCAAAAAGACGCCUUUAUGGAACGACUGUAAAACCACCUCAAGAGCCUUCAAACCAAGCAGACAGUGUUGCUUCUGGCCAGAGAGAUGUUUUUGUUGAUGGUGAUGCUAAAGAAAAGAGAACGUUGAGACGUAAAUUGGAAAAGUUGGCUCUAUCCCCCGAUGCAGAUCUGAGUCAAUCUAGUGUCGUUGCUGCUAGGAUAAGGAAACAGCUUAAGGCAAGCAUAAAGGCACAGAAACCAGUGAAAGAGAAGGAAGACAUUCUGAAGAAUAAGAGACGUGACUUGAGAUACCAGACGCGUGACCUCAGCAGACUGAGUGUCAAUGUGGUUGCAGAGAUAUUGAGAGAUAGAGUCAUCUUUGAAAAAGAUGAUAUCAUUGCAUUGGACAAACCUUAUGGGCUACCUGUACAUGGAGGGCCUGGGAUGAAACACAGCAUUGAUAGUCUUCUACCCAAGCUGUCUAAUUUACUCAACAAAAAAGGGACUUCUGAAGAGCUUCAUCUGAUACACAGGCUGGAUAAGGAGACUACUGGUGUGAUUCUGCUAGCAAGGACUGAAAGAACCGCAAGGGUACUCCAUGAGAUGUUCAGAAAACGACAGAUUAUCAAACAAUAUUUGGUUAUCACAGUCGGAAUACCUAGCCCCAAGGAAGGCAUCCUUGACAUGCCAAUGAUGGAGAAAGAGAUUGACGGCAAGCACAGGAUGGUGAUCAGACCAGACAUGGCUGAUCUUUACCCUGACAGUGUUGGGGUUAGAUCAGGGAGAAGAAACAGAGAUAGUCAGGAAGCUUUAACUAGAUACAAGGUGUUGAAUGAACGAGGCAACUGUGCCCUGGUUCAGUUGGAACCUGAGACAGGUGUAAAGCAUCAGAUAAGAGUUCACCUAGCUCAAGGGUUAGGUUGCCCUAUCCUUGGUGAUCACAAGUAUUCUCAUCAUGAUAGAUUAGCUCCUCAGAAACUGACCCCGGGUAUACUACAAUCAUUAGGAAUCAGCCAGCCUAAAGCUAGGACGGUACCAAUGCACCUUCAUGCCAGACAGCUUGUCAUACCGGAGAUCUUUGAUAAACAUAACUACUUUAUAUCAACCAGAGUCCCUUGGUUCUUCAGGGAAAAUAUGAAGAGAUUAAAACUCAAGUACGAUACAUGAAAGAGGGGGGGGGGGGAUAUUGGCAGGAUGUUAUAGUGCUCGGAUUAUUUUUAAAUCGUUGACGGGCAUUAUCGUGAAAUAAGUCACCAGUCCAUUCACUUCCGUUCAUUUCGUCAGUGCUGGUGGCAUCUUUCUAGUCCCAUUGACUUUGUACACAGCAAUGGCACAGAAACCGACACCCAAGAGAAGAGAGGUGACAAAUUAUAAGGCCCACUGACAUAUGAAAUCAAACUCAUUCAUGGCCCUGAUAUAAUCAUUUUAAUCCAUGUUGACUCUCAGGCAGACACUGGGAUGAAUGCAUUGAAGAAUUUGGGCGACCCACUUUAUGAAAAUGGAUUGAUACUGACAAUGUCAUAGCCGAAUUUUACGUGUCUAAUGCCAAAACCCUGCAGCAUGAUUUCCUUUGUGCAGGCUGUAUUUCCAUGCAUUUAGCCAUGCUAGUAAGCUGUGACAGCACUGGUUGUGUUGAUCCAGGGCCUUUUCAUAUACUGGCAUUCAUCGUCUUUCUUGCUGUCGGUUUAUUUCAAGAAAUGAAGUGGGGAUGAUUUUUUAAGCUGAACCAUUGUUUUUUUUUGUGCCAAUAGGGUGGGUUACUUGCACAAAUACCCAUUCAUGAAGGGCCACUAUUAUUGUGAAAAUGCCCAUAUAAUUAGAUAUGUAUACAGGAGGUACUGUAAUAUUAUGGGUUCCAAUUAUCAGAAGUCCUCUUAUAUCAGCAUUCAAACAUCCUUUUAAUCGCUUUCAUUCACUUAUCAUUUUAUGUAAAAUAAAAUAGUAAAAAACCUACACAAGUAUACUGGAUGAUAAUUCAUUUCAUAAGAGAAUUGAAUUUAUUGAAAUUGUGCAUGGUACAUAAUUCCACACAACAAAGUGCUUUAAAAGAAAGACAACAUCUGGAAUUUCAACAGUAUAAGGGGCAUUUCAUUUGAUCCUCGUAGCUCAACUGUACAGAAAAAGACCACACUGAUGACACAUUAAUACAAAUUUCAACAGGCAGACCUUAACCCUUACUAAACUGGGGGGGGGGGGUUCAAUUUGACAAAUUUCGUCACUGCACCGCCGCGCAAAAUAUUUUGACAGCGUCGCUCGCUGACUUUUUACUUUCAAGUCUUGCGCAUUUUUUAGACCAAAUUUGCGACGCCCAGUUUAGCGGUUCUGAAAUUGCGCAACAUUUUGUAAGUGCAUGUCAGACCCGAAAUUGCUCAAAAA